AUGAUGAAGACAGGCAGCGUCAAGCCGAUUGUGACGGCUUCCCCCAUGCCCAUUGAUGUGGAGCAGCAGCAGCUGCAUCCGCGUGCGACAUCUGCGUCCUCGCCCAGUACCCCUCCGAUAAGCGCAACAAAGCUGCGCCAAUCGGCCGGAGGAGCAGCGCCCCCAUCGAAUCAAUCGCUGACGUCUGCGCCGAUCUCCGUGGGAGGAGGCGGAGCCUACGAAGGCUUUCCAGGCACGUUGGUGAGCAGCGUACAGUCUCCCGAUGUGCUCCGGUCUUCGUUCGUGCCUGCCAAGGAGCUGACUCUGCGCCAAUACACGCCGCAGCAAUGCCGAGCAGACGCCAUCGCUGGCCGCUCCCCAACCAACUACGGCACCUCCGGUGGUGUGGCGGGCUCUCGUCCGGUGCCAACGCUCUCUGUGGAGCGUCUUGGCGAGCCGGUGUUGAUGCCAGGGCUGCCUGGCACAGCGGCCGGUGCAGCAAUAGGCAUGUGCUUUGUGACCCCCAUCUCUGGCGUACUUGAUGCGCCGUCCACGCCGCCAUCUUCCACCACUACGCCGGCCAACAUGACCUUUUCUAUCAGCGAAUACCCGGGUGUGAUGACGACGUCGCCCACGCCAACGCCCAUGACACCGACGGAGCACAGCAGCACGAACCUGAUUCUCUACAACAUUGGAUCCCACAUGACGGAGGUCGCCUUGCAAAAGUUGUUUGACCCCUUUGGUGAGGUGGUGAGCUGUGCUGUGAUGCGUGACAUCCACACAGGCGUCGGCCUGGGCACCGGGUUUGUACGCUAUUCGGACCACAUGGAGGCAUGCCGCGCUCUGGAGGCCUUCAGCGACCGCAUGAACCCUGUAUGCGCGCACGACUCAAAGCCGCUGGUGGUCCAAUGGGCGCGCAAGCAGCACGACUGCGCCCCCGCCGGCGAAGCGCGCAAGAAGAUUAUGAAGCUGUUUGUGCGCAACAUCCCGCUGGAUUGCUCCAUUGCAGAUUUGGAGGAGCUGUUUGGGGUGUACGGCGGUGUGCGCCAGGUGACGCUGCACAAGGAUACGUCACCGGUGCAGGAUGAGACGAUGAUGCGACUGAUCGCGUUUGUGAUUUACACCGAGGAGGGCGCGGCGGAGCGGGCGGCGCGGGAGGUGCACAACACGAAGCCGUUCGCGUCGUGCCACGGCAUCCCCAUCAUGGUGAAGCUAGCGGAAAGCAGUCAGCGGCGGCGGUUCAUGAAGAACUCGGAGGCGACUGGGCCAAGUCUAUUGACAGCUGUCCCGGCUGGGUUCCCUGGGUCGCGUACAUCCCCCAUGACGCCUGGUAUGUCCGGCUCCCUGUUUGACAUGGCCGCGGAGGCGCAGCACCAGCAGCUCCUCCAGCAGAAGCCUAACACGCCUCAGCAGGGGAUGUGCGAGGCUCAUGGCGUUGACGCAUCGCCGUCGUCUUGCAGGAUGCCCGUUUUUGGUUGCACCGUCGCCUAUGCGCCGCCUGAUCCUCGUGAGACCUCCAUCAGUUGCUACCCAGGCACGCCGCAGCCACUGCAGGUGAGCGUCUCUGGAGGUGGCACGCCGGCUACAGUGGCAUCGCUUGCGUCGAACAUGAUGGGAGGCUCCCCUGGACGGUAUCAUCAGCAAAUUCUGACUCACGUAGGUGAGAGAGAGGGCCGUGUUAGCCCGCACUCCUCGUCGGCCGCCGCGCCAAUGCAGGGACACUCGUAUCAACAGGCUGCUUCCCUGUCCUUCGACGCUAGCGCUGCCGCCGUUUACAGUGGACUCUCGACCUUCUCGAAGUCGAACUGCCAGAGCUUUUCUGACGGGAGGACUGGCGGUAGCAGUGGAGGUGUUUGCCCAAGCAGGGGUUUCUUGCACUGCAGUAGUAGCCCGGGCGACGCAAACUCCACCGCUGUCACUGCUGCAGCUGAUGGCGGGUCUCCACAGAUGCCGGCCAGCGGCCCGUGGUAUGAGACCGCCGGCGGCGGCUCCAAUCAGAGCGGCGGCUUUAUGAUGUCGGCGCCGCCUACCCGAAGGGGCGCGGAGGCAACCCGUUCUCCACCAGCCCCCACCGCCACCUCCGCCACUGGUUCAGUUCCACCACCAGGACCGCUUCGCUUAGGCUCUACCCUGUCUGUGGCAUUCCCCAGCGCGCGUGGCAGCCUGCAGCAGAGUACUGGUGUUCACCGCACCUCUCCAACGAGCAUGCCUGUGCCAGGCGGUGUGCCGACAAGCCACUCCGUGCCGGGUGCUUUCGCUCCGAUAGGUGGUCAGAUGAAUGUGGCUCUUCAGCCCUCUACGAAGUUGUCCAUUCUGAGCAGCGCGAGUACGUCCGACAUGAGCUCUGUUAUACCCAGCAACAACUUUGGCAGCGGCACUGCCCCUCUCAACGGUGCGGCGCACAAGACGGAGUCGCCAACGAUCCGCACGGAUGCGUCCGAGUCGUGGCGCCGUGCUGUGCGGACCCACGUGCACAAUGUGAAGCGCCAAAACGAUCUCUGUAACGUGAGCGGUUCCCUGUCAUCCAUUUCGCUAAUAAGGCCAAGCUGCAACGUAUUAGCACCAGUGACUCCAUCACCGACGGCAGCGCAAGAAGGGGGUAUGCUCUCCCUCAGCGGCAACGAGGCCUCCGCCCCUGGCACCACCCCGUCCACGUCGCCCAUCUCGAACUCGACGCUCUCAGGCGAUCAGACUGGUCCGAAGUCCAUCGGCACGGGUAGUCCUUCAUCAGGUCGGAUGAGGUAUUACAACAACCCGUACUCCUCUGAAAGCACCAAGCUGUUCUGCUGA